AUGUCUUCCUGUCCUUUCAGACCUGUCCACUUGCUGGGUAAUGACACCCUGAGGGUGUCCUCUGCCCUUUUUGCUGAGAACCAACAGUGGCUGUGCCAGGGGCUGAAAGCCAAAGAUGGUGUGAUGCCAAAGUCAGUAGUGGUGCUGCAGGGGGGAGAGCAGACGCAGAGGUACUGCACAGACACAGAUGUCCUCUUCAGGCAGGAGUCUUUCUUCCACUGGGCUUUUGGAGUGACUGAGGCUGACUGCUACAGAGCCAUUGAUGUGGACUCUGGGAAAUCCAUUCUUUUUGUUCCUAAACUGCCCGAGAGCUACGCUACUUGGAUGGGAGAAAUCUUUCCUAAAGAGCACUUCAAGGAGAAGUAUGCUGUUGAUGAGGUGCAAUACACCUGCAACGUGAUAGCUGAUGUCCUGUCCAACCUGAAACCAGCAGUUCUCCUCACACUGGUAUGGAUCACUCAUUGA